AUGAGGGGAACAAAAGCGAUCACUCUCGGUCCAAAACCGACCAAGGCAUGCGUCAACUGCCGCAGAUUAAAGAUGAAAUGUGUCGUGGACGGGACUCCUCCAUGCCGCCGAUGCCGACACACGAAGGCUAUUUGUGUCUUCAGACCAAGAUCUAAUGCAGCAUUAGCAGUUCAUGACGUGGUGAGACUGCAACAAGAUACGCCAGAAAGGAACCAAGACAUCGAUGCGAUUCUUGGCCGUCUGAAUAGGAUUGAGAGUGCCUUGGGCUUUAAUAGAGAAAGCAGCUCCGUGACAGCAGACAGUCCUGACCCAGAUCAGGAUGAAAGGUCUGAGAACAUAUCUCUGCGCGCCCUCUGGAAGGCCAUCAAGCAUCUCAAACAGAUUACACGGCCUGCCCAGGAUGAAGCUCUCUGGUCACGGCCAGUAAUCAAGCAUCUGUGGUAUUCGUUUCUCAAUAACCUACCCCUCCUCCAUUUCUUGAAGGAUCAGAGUGCUUUCGCAUCACCGUCUCCCCUUUUACUUGCAUCAGUUCUAUUCAUAUCCGCUCUUCAUGGCCCGUCCAACGAUCUAUCGGAGUUUACGAAAGGAUACUUUGUCGCCCAGUGUUGCGCAAUCGCCGAGCUUGUCAACCCAGUGCCAUACACUCCUCCAUGGGAGAUAUUUAGUAACAGCACAGAAGACCCUGAUCGAUCCUUAGGUACUACGGAUGAUUCGCUGACUUUUCAGAACAUCCUCGGUCUAAUUAUGGCCAGCUUGGGCUCAGAAGCUUAUGUGCCAACCACUGGUACAUGGAUAGCCAUCGCGUAUCGCCUCUUACUCGAUCACACGCCGCGCGAAGUUGAUAAUACGACUCACGACUGGGCUGGACUGUUCUCAGGUCUCCAGGUAAUCGAUAUUGAGCACGCUUCCAUGCACAUGUGUUGUCCCCUAUUACCUGAACAACCACCCCUAUCCACCCUUGCCCAAUUCAACGCCCGCGAAGAAAAUGCUUUCCAUGGCCUCAGCCAAAUGAUGCAUCACGGACUCAGUCAUUUUGUCGGAAGAGGUCUCCCCACUAUAUGGUCUUUUGUAAGCGCAAAAGAGCGUGAGGUCCUCUCGCCAAUCCGGACACCUUUCACCGAUGAAGAUGCACGGGUUAUCCGCCUUUGGGCCCGGAAAUUGGACGACUGGCUAGUUCGAUAUAAUGCUGCAUCUCAGCCAUCCCCUUCUGAUCGCCAGGGCAUACUCAUCCUCCUACAAUACCAUCUACACAAACUAUACGUCCUAUCCAUAUAUCAUCCGGCCAGAGGAUUCGAUCUAGGUUCUACGGAUAUCGCACCAGCCGAAAGACACGAACUACUAGUCUCAGCCCGUGCAGUUCUGCGGCUUCGUUUAGACGACGCUAGUAUAUGGUCCAACUGGGAUCUGAUAAUGGUAACAUUCGCAGCCAUGCUACUACUCCGAGGGAUCGAAGACGGCGUACUACACCAAGACGACCUUCAGCUAAUUGAAAAGCAUAUCGACAGCCUGAAAAGGAACCAUUCAUCCGUGCCAAGCAUCCAUAGCAUACUGGCUGAUCGACUCGAGUCGGGCCUACAGAGCAUGCAUACACCGCCUGAGAUGGGACCCGAUUUUGCAUUCCCCGCUCCGGAAGAGGAUUAUUCCUGGGCGAUCUUUGAUCAGGAGAUUUUGUCUCUGGCGAACCCGCCGUGGCUGUAUGAGAGUAUUUCUUCCCUUGGGGAGAUGCCAAGAGCAGAUGAGAAUCAGGGUGGGUUGUCGGCGCGAUUGGAGUAUACUGCUUUGGGGCAGGGGGGUGCGGAUGCUCUGGGUGGGGGUGAUAUCGGAUAUAAUUGA